AUGGGUCGACAAAUAUACACGUGCACGGUACUCACGUUAUGUCUGGUGGCGGUGAUUGGGAUUCCAAUUAAACGAGCACCAAUGUAUGGUUGUAAAGGUGGUCAUUGUUCGAGUAGGUUGUGAAAUUGUUUUAUUUUUAUUUAACUUUGAUUUUAAUUAAAAAAUAAAAGUUACAUGAUCAAAAAAAUAAUUCAAAAAAUUUUUAAAAAGUUGUUUUUGGCCCCAAUUUCAAAAUGUGAACUCAAAUAUAAGAGUCAAAUUUAAGAGUCUAUUGGUCAGAUGUCUUUUGCCAAUACUAAAAUACCAUUUAAUUAAGUUUUGUCAUCAAAUUUCUAUUUUUAUGUUUGCUGUUUUUUAGUGCUGGUCAGUGUCUUAAGAGACCCUCGAAUGGUACCAAACUGGAAUACAAAUGCGUGGAACAAAGCGAUCACGCAGCUACAUGCCUAUCAACAGUUAUUUAGCAGUGGUAGGUUUUCGAACGUUUUUAAAAAAAUUUUAUACUUACAGUAAUCACUUUUUAAUUCGGUAUGUCAUUUUUCAUAAAAGCUUAAAUUAGCUACUAUAAUUACCCAGUUAAUAAUUCAUAAACAUAUUGUUGUGUAUGUGUGCACAUAAUUACAAACAUGUCUAGGAAUUUGCGUAGAAUAAUUUUAAAUAUAAUCUUAGUUAAUUACCGAUUCUUUUGGAGAAAUUAAAGUAAUGUUGCAUUUAUUACUACCGCUUCCUUAUUAAUGCGUAGAAGCAUUUUGAAUAGUACAUUUGGAGACAUUUUAAAAAGUCUUAAGUGUAGCUUACUGUAUUGUUAUAUGGUACUACUUAGUACAAACACUAAAGUAAUGUAGACAUUUAUGUAUACAUAGAAUAGCAUUAUCUUCACUUUUAAAAAUUAUAUAUUAAAUUAUAUUGACAAAAAAUAGAAAUAAAAAAUGAUCUUACAGUACUUCUCAUUUCAGAAGACGUUGAAGACCCAGAAGAAGCCUCACGACGUCGGAAACGUUCCAUUCCCGAACUCCCGCCUCGUUUUAUUCAAAACUUUUAA